AUGGAUUACGAGCCUGUGAUGAAUGACCUCAUAAAGAAAGUAGUAAGGAAGUUCUAUGAGCCUCAUCACGUGGUCAUAGCCGACAUUCUGCUUCGGAAGACUCUUCUUUACGACACUGAACUCUGUGAAAGGAUGAAGAUGCUUUCGAAGGAGGUCAAUCGGCUGAUUAUAAAGCUGAGGGAGGAUAAGAUCAUCAAAUACGAGACAAAGGUGGAGAGCAGGGAAGACAACGGGCAGAUUCUGCGUACUGUAUACUAUAUCAACUAUGCAGAAGUCCGGGACGUUAUCAAGUACAAGAUAUUUAAGAUGACAAAAAACUUAGAGAAUAACAUCAAAAUGGCGCAAGUGGAAGGAUACGUGUGUAUGGAGUGUGGAAAGGAGUACAGCUCCCUCGAUGCACAGUGUCUUAUGGAGAACUAUGUGUUCAAAUGCGAGGACUGCAAGGGAGAUCUUGUGGAAAACAAGAAGGACAGAAGCGCAGAUUGCAUGAUGUAUUCGAAUCUGAUGUCUGAGUUAGAUGACAUUGUCCUUCUCUUGAAGGAGACGGAUAAGUUCAAUAUUCCGUCGAUGGACUACUUCCAGGUUCUCCAGAUGAAGAAGGAGAAGGAGAGCAAGGAGAUACCUGCCCAGAAGGACGAGGAGGUUUCCUCGAUACCGCUUCCAACUGUGGAGGAGUUUGAUCUAGGAAAGCCUUAUGUUGCCGACGAUAAAGGCGACCACAAGGAGGAUAUAAAGAUAGACGAGUAUGUAACUGUGGGUGGAGCCAAGAAGUUGUUUGCCGACAUUACUGAGGAAGACAAGGAGAUGAUGGACGAGGCCGAGUACGAAGAGUACUAUGAGGUCUAUUCCAGAUACCAUGAUAACUCUGGGAGCUGA